AUGGCCCCCAAGAUCGCUAAGGACAUGACCGAGCUCAUCGGCAACACGCCGCUGGUCUACUUGAACCACGUGACCGAAGGAUGUCACGCCAAGAUCGCUGUUAAAUGCGAGUUCAUGGAGCCAUGCGCCUCUGUGAAGGACCGCAUUGGUCUGAAAGGACUCGCAUAUCAUCGAGCCCACGUCGGGUAA